GCGCAGCUAAAGCUGCCGCGAAGCCUCCCAGAUCCACAUUCGCAAGUGGUCUGCGCUAGAGUUUACACGCCGACGUAUUUAUUACACAUUUUCAUUAGAAAAUAUUUUAUUAAUUGUUUACAAUGGCGUAUUCAUGGAUUAUAUUUUCGGUGAUGCUGGCAUGCUGUCUUUUAGAGGCGUCGUCCCGGCCUUCUGACAGUGAGUUAGCGGCUUCACCGAGAUUCAAUAUGCCUGAAGAAGUAACGGAUGAUGAUAUCAGCGACGAUGAAGAAUUGCCACGAGAACAAAUCAGAUACCCUGAAAUAGACAAUAAUAAUACGCAAGAAAUUUUAAACAAAAUAAGUGCUAUUAACAAAGGACUAGUAAAACCAAAUAGGAAGAGAAACAAAAAUUCGCAAACACAUAGUCUUGGAGAUUACGUUCUGGACGCAGCAACUCUACAAAAAAUACAGCAAAUUAUAGCCGAUGGAAAACUUAAUGGUUACUCGGAUGUACAAAAGAAGCAUGAGAAUAAUUAUCUUGUAAAUGAUAACAUUAAUGAGUUUCGGUAUGACAAUUCUAGGGCAUUGCAGUAUGGGCAGCUUCCAGCUGAUUUAGUAGCUAUUAACCAAGCACAGAGCACUACGGCUAGUGUUCCGUAUAUCACAAGUAUACCCGUCCUUGUUUUGCCUUCACCAUCACCAUCAAAUAAUGUUCAUGAUCGAUAUGCACAAAACAUGUUUAAUACCAUAGAAUCUGACUCUCAAUUCCAGACACGACAGAGACCACCGAUCACACUCCCUUUUAAUAUAAAUUGGCCAUUAGCGCCAUUUUUUCCUAUUUUAGUCAAAGAUCCACUACUUGGAUUCCUUCAUGGCGGAGGUUGGAAUAACUUCUUUGAAUAUGGCCAAAACGCUGACGUGUGUAACAGAAAACAAAAAGCUAUAGAAGAUGGCACUGAAGAAAUGAUUGAAGUUGAAGAAGGGAAUACGAAUGAAAACGCAAAUCUACUCAUACCGGAGGCUAAACCCAAUGCUAGAGAAGCAAGGGCGAUUAGAAAAAGGAACGUCUCUACAGAAGCUCCAAAAAUGAAAAUUCCGGAUAGUUCAAAAAAAUUGAAAAAGUUUUUCAAUAAACCUGGUGCUACGUUAGUGUCUGCUGUGAAACCUGUCAAACCCGAAGCACCAGCACAAGAUACAAAAACUGUGCCAAAAGACGACGAUUUGAGAUUUCACAUGGGUGGAUUUUCGCUAUUCGGAGGUCGCCCAUCCGUGCCUACUUAUAAUCCUGGGUUCUUCAUAAAUAAGCUUAAAGUGAGGAGAGGAGGCGUAGCUAUCGCGGGUCCGGGAGGAGUAGCGACUGCUGGAAAAGGAGGAGCAGCCAUAGUGGGCCCCGGCGGGCUGGCCUACACGCAGCCCGGAGGGCUCGCAGUCGCCGGGCCGUCCUCGCGAGUCGUGGCUCUCACGUCCGACGUCGACCUCUCAACUAUCGUGACUCGCCUGCAGCAGCAGCAAGCCGCCACCGACGGAGGAAGAGAAUACUCUGGAUACGACGCGUACAGCGGAUACAACCAACAACCAGAAGAGUAUCAAUUUGACGGAAUAAACUUUGUGCAGUCGCCGUCUGCCGGAGACAGUACUUUCACUUUGUUUUUGAAACCAGUCGCGCAUGCCGUAAAUGGCCCUAAGGGUACGGCGAUUGCGAAUCCAGUUUCUCACGUGAUCAUAGGGUCCGGGCACACGGGAAAAGUAGUGUUUAACCCGAAGGCGUCGGCUGUAGUUGGCCCUGGAGGCAUCGCUCAUGCCCAGGCAACAGUCCAAUACCUACCAUUUUACGGCGGCGGCAAGGGCCAAUACCUAGAAGUAAAGACCAACAACCGAGGAGUCGUCAUCAGCGAAGUCAUAGUUUCAGAAGAGAAGAUAAGCAACGAGAACGUCGUCAAAAAUGUCGACGAGAGUCUUCUAUCUAAAGUAUUAGCGAAGAAUCUAGAAAAUCUGCAGUCGCUUUCUAGUGGUCUGAUAAAACUUCAUAAUCUUGGAAGGAAAACUGGUGCUUUGACUAAUAGUGACAAGGAAAGGUUCCGGACCCAGUUGGCUUCCCUGGGAGACGCCGCGUCGAACACUAUUAAGCUUAUUGAUGAAGUUGGGGAUAAUGUCGAUGUAUUAUUUAAGAGUGGAUCGAAGAGGCAGUAUGAGAAUGAUGAGGAAGAUGUUGGCGAAGAGGGCGUUGGCAUCGAGUCGCCCGAUGAUGGUGAAGACAACAUCGGGCUUCCCAUAUCUGGCAUCACUAUUGCCGAAGCUAAACCUGUUGGUUUAGCAGUGAUCGGCGAGAACGGUCUAGCAGCAUCUCGGCCCCAAGCCACCGCCGUGGCUGUUUCCGGCAUUGCCCUCGCCCGCCCCGUCGCCACCGCCAUCGCCGGUGUCAACCCGGCGCAACUCGGCAUCGACUUCCAAGUCAAUAAUAAGGAUAACAAGUCAUAGAUUCUUUUGAUAUAUUUUUAGACCUUAGAAGGUCGGAUGGCAGGCGUAAGGAGAAUACUCUCUUUGUAUGAAAAUGUGCACGUCAAAACAUUAAAUUAGAUAGCGACAGAAGCCCUCAAUACUUCCUAAAAUUUUCAAAUUUCCGACAAUGCACGUCAGUUCGUAAAGAGCGGCCACGUUUGUUUCAAGUCCUAGAAGGUAGUCUAGCGCUCAGGAGAGAUAUGGAACUGUUGUCAUAGCUAACAGCUAGACACUUUAGCAACUGCUUUACCAAACAAGAGAUUUUUUCUUUCCUCUACCCUUCAUACUUACAAGGUAGCCUGUGGCCACAUAAUGUUAGGAUAGUAUUUAAUUUAAGAAACUUGUGAUGAUUUUAACGUGUCAUGUGAUUAUUUUUAGUCUUUCAAAUGUGCAUUUAUAAUUUAUAAUAAAUUAUUACUUUACUUGCAAAU